CCUCCAGCCCGGGCCGCCGCGCGCCCCGGGGGCCGGCCCCGCGAGCGCAGGAGUAAACACCGCCGGAGUCUUGGAGCCGCUGCAGAAGGGAAUAAAGAGAGAUGCAGGGAUUUGUGAGGUUACGGCGCCCCAGCUGCAGGAUGCACUAGCCGGCUGAACCCGGGAUCGGCCGACUCGUGGGAACCGGAGUGCUCUGCACGGAGUGGUGGAUGAGUUGAAGUUGCCUUCCCGGGGCUCGUUUUCCACGCUGCCGAGAGGAAUCCGAGAGGCAAGGCAAUCACUUCGCCUUGCCAUUGAUUGGGUAUCGGGAGCUUUUUUUUUUUUUUUCCUCCCCUCUCUCUUUCUUUUCCUCCGUCUUGUUGCAUGCAAGAAAAUUACAGUCCGCUGCUCGCCCGCCCUGGGUGCGAAAUAUUCAGCCCCGCUCUCUCCCGUGCAUCGUGCAACCCGAAGAUGAAAGACCGAAGGGGAGAAAGUUAAAGAAAUCGCCCACAUGCGCUGGAUCAGUCCACGGCUUGGGGAAAGGCAUCCAGAGAAGGUGGGAGCGGAGAGUUUGAAGUCUUUACAGGCGGGAAGAUGGCGGACUGGAGCUGAAAGUGUUGAUUGGGAAACUUGGGUGAUUCUUGUGUUUAUUUACAAUCCUCUUGACCCAGGCAGGACACAUGCAGGCCAAAAAACGCUAUUUCAUCCUGCUCUCAGCUGGCUCUUGUCUCGCCCUUUUGUUUUAUUUCGGAGGCUUGCAGUUUAGGGCAUCGAGGAGCCACAGCCGGAGAGAGGAGCACAGCAGUCGGAAUGGCUUGCACCACCCCAGUCCGGAUCGUUUCUGGCCCCGCUUCCCGGACGCUCUGCGCCCCUUCGUUCCUUGGGAUCAAUUGGAAAACGAGGAUUCCAGCGUGCACAUUUCCCCCCGGCAGAAGCGAGAUGCCAACUCGAGCAUCUACAAAGGCAAGAAGUGCCGCAUGGAGUCCUGCUUCGAUUUCGCCCUUUGCAAGAAAAACGGCUUCAAAGUCUACGUAUACCCGCAGCAAAAAGGGGAGAAAAUCGCCGAAAGUUACCAAAACAUUCUAGCGGCCAUCGAGGGCUCCAGGUUCUAUACCUCGGACCCCAGCCAGGCGUGCCUCUUUGUCCUGAGUCUGGAUACUUUAGACAGAGACCAGUUGUCACCUCAGUAUGUGCACAAUUUGAGAUCCAAAGUGCAGAGUCUCCACUUGUGGAACAAUGGUAGGAAUCAUUUAAUUUUUAAUUUAUAUUCCGGCACUUGGCCUGACUACACUGAGGACGUGGGGUUUGACAUCGGCCAGGCGAUGCUGGCCAAAGCCAGCAUCAGUACCGAAAACUUCCGACCCAACUUUGAUGUUUCUAUUCCCCUCUUUUCUAAGGAUCACCCCAGGACAGGAGGGGAGAGGGGGUUUUUGAAGUUCAACACUAUCCCUCCUCUCAGGAAGUACAUGCUGGUAUUCAAGGGGAAGAGGUACCUGACAGGGAUAGGGUCAGACACCAGGAAUGCCUUAUAUCACGUCCAUAACGGGGAGGACGUUGUGCUCCUCACCACCUGCAAGCAUGGCAAAGACUGGCAAAAGCACAAGGAUUCUCGCUGUGACAGAGACAACACCGAGUAUGAAAAGUAUGAUUAUCGGGAAAUGCUGCACAAUGCCACUUUCUGUCUGGUUCCUCGUGGUCGCAGGCUUGGGUCCUUCAGAUUCCUGGAGGCUUUGCAGGCUGCCUGCGUCCCUGUGAUGCUCAGCAAUGGAUGGGAGCUGCCAUUCUCUGAAGUGAUUAAUUGGAACCAAGCUGCCGUCAUUGGCGAUGAGAGAUUGUUACUACAGAUUCCUUCUACAAUCAGGUCUAUUCAUCAGGAUAAAAUCCUAGCACUUAGACAGCAGACACAAUUCUUGUGGGAGGCUUAUUUUUCUUCAGUUGAGAAGAUUGUAUUAACUACACUAGAGAUUAUUCAGGACAGAAUAUUCAAGCACAUAUCACGUAACAGUUUAAUAUGGAACAAACAUCCUGGAGGAUUGUUCGUACUACCACAGUAUUCAUCUUAUCUGGGAGAUUUUCCUUACUACUAUGCUAAUUUAGGUUUAAAGCCCCCCUCCAAAUUCACUGCAGUCAUCCAUGCGGUGACCCCCCUGGUCUCUCAGUCCCAGCCAGUGUUGAAGCUUCUUGUGGCUGCAGCCAAGUCCCAGUACUGUGCCCAGAUCAUAGUUCUAUGGAAUUGUGACAAGCCUCUACCAGCCAAACACCGCUGGCCUGCCACUGCUGUGCCUGUCAUCGUCAUUGAAGGAGAGAGCAAGGUUAUGAGCAGCCGUUUUCUGCCCUACGACAACAUCAUCACAGACGCCGUGCUCAGCCUUGAUGAGGACACCGUGCUUUCAACCACAGAGGUGGAUUUCGCCUUCACGGUGUGGCAGAGCUUCCCUGAGAGGAUUGUGGGGUACCCCGCGCGCAGCCACUUCUGGGAUAACUCUAAAGAGCGAUGGGGAUACACAUCAAAGUGGACGAACGACUACUCCAUGGUGUUGACAGGAGCUGCUAUUUACCACAAAUAUUAUCACUACCUGUACUCCCAUUACCUGCCAGCCAGCCUGAAGAACAUGGUGGACCAACUGGCCAAUUGUGAGGACAUUCUCAUGAACUUCCUGGUGUCUGCUGUGACAAAACUGCCUCCAAUCAAAGUGACCCAGAAGAAGCAGUAUAAGGAGACAAUGAUGGGACAGACUUCUCGGGCUUCCCGUUGGGCUGACCCUGACCACUUUGCCCAGCGACAGAGCUGCAUGAAUACGUUUGCCAGCUGGUUUGGCUACAUGCCGCUGAUCCACUCUCAGAUGAGGCUCGACCCCGUCCUUUUUAAAGACCAGGUCUCUAUUUUGAGGAAGAAAUACCGAGACAUUGAGCGACUUUGAGGAAUACGGCCGAGUGGGGGAGGGGAAGCGAGAAGGGACUGGGGUCAAGCUGCUCUCUCUUCCCAGUGCAGAUCCACUCAUCAGCAGAGCCAGAUUGUGCCAACUAUCCAAAAACUUAGAUGAACAGAAUGACAAAACAAAAAAAAAAAAAAAGAAGACCAAUGAGAACUCAACUCCUGGCUCCUGGGACUGCACUGGACUGCUCCAAACUCACCUCACUGGCUUCUGUGUCCCAAGACUAGGUUGUGUACAGUUUAAUUAUGGAACAUUAAAUAAUUAUUUUUGAAAUGAUUGCUAUGCAGGUUUAAACUUUUUUAAUGAUCAAAACUAUUAAAAACCAGAGUUCUUUGUUUAAUCAAAAUUGUGUUGGUUGUGAAUAUUUCAAAGCUGCUAUUCCUCUUCCCACAGACAUCAUUGUCAUGGCCACGUAGGGUGUCCUGCAGUUUCAAAACUUCAAACUUCAUGGAAAACACAAUAAGUCACUCUACCCAUUAUCAAGAAACAACUGAGCAUAAGUUGUAACUUCAUUCUGCAACUUUGCCAGUGAAAAUUAUUUUCCACUUUGAAUCUUCAAAUCCACUUGAACUUUUAAUUCUAAAAUGUCGCUGCAUGAAAGAAAGUAUUACGACUUCCAGGUAGGCAGUUCUAACUGAAAAUUCUAUGUUUGGGAUAGAUACGUAUGAUAACCAUUUUUCAUUGGGGGGGUGGGGGGAAUUAGUACCAAGAAAACACUAGUAUAAUUAAGAAAUGUUCAGUUUGCACAAAGAACCAUCUGGAUAACCCACCAGCAUGUUAGCGAGAUGGAAAUACAGACCCACAACAGUAACCCAAUGCUUGCAGGGGCGUGGCCACAGUCAUAGAUUCAACCACUGACCUAAGUGCAUAGCACUGGGAAGAAGCUUUGGUUUUGAAGCCAAGGAAGGAUGAGUAUAUUGGGGAGAACAUUAUUUACAAGAUGAGCUUUUUAAUGUUUGUGAAAAUCUCAAGUUUCAGACGUUUCUCUGUUGAGAAAGAAAAAGGGGUAAUAAGGUGGAAAUUCAUACCAAUGAACAAGAGGAUUGCUGCAAAGUAACUGACUUUCAGUCUCACCAUUGGGACCCUAAUGCCAUUUUUGGUCAAACGUGGUUUUGAGCAAGAAUCUGGCAAACAAAGUAAUCAAAAACAAAUGUGAAUACAGUUUCAUUUACUUUUAAUUUUUAAAUCUGUGGAGAAGUUUAGUUAUGCUUCUUGCUAGAAAAGAACAUUUCUAUCCCUGAAAAUGCUAUCUUGGGCUUAUGAUUAUUGUUAAAUU